AUGAAGACAAUCAAGUGUUUGAUAUUCCACUUGCUGAUAUUCUCAGUGCUGUGUGUUCUGGUGAAGUGUUUUAGAAGGCCAUCACCUCCGAGAUCAGGUGUUAAUCAUUUGCAACAAGAGUUAAAGAAAUUUGAACAAAUAGGAGCUAGGCUUGAAGAGGACAUAGAAGUAUUGAGUGAACAGAUUAAUGAUCUGAUAUGUAAGAACGGAAGUGCAAACGUAACAACAGUAAAGCGCAGCCUACAACCAACAUUAACAUCAAUGCAAGGUCAGUCAUCAAACAGUCAAAAACAACCUAUGCAACAACAACAAUAUUAUCCAUCCAAUACGAUGAUGAACAGUCAAAUGGGAGAGAGAAUUACCAACAAUGCACAACAACCAAUAAGUGCAUACUCUCAAAAUUCUAAUUUAUAUAGUGGACAGAGUGGAUAUGGACAAUCCACUGGUCAAUCACAAAUGAUCAAACGUCAACAACAACAACAACAAUCAAGUCAACAACCAAGAGUAACAUCAAUGCAAGGUCAGUCACCAAACAGUCAAAAACAACCUAUGCAACAACAACAACAAUAUUAUCCAUCCAAUAUGAUGAUGAAGAGACAAAUGGGAAAGAAAAUUACCAACAGUGCACAACAACCAAUCAGUGCAUACUCUCAAAAUUCUAAUUCAUAUAGAGGACAGAGUGGUUAUGGACAAUCCACUGGUCAAUCACAAAUGAUCAAACGUCAACAACAACAAUCAAGACCAAUACAAGCUCACUUCCCACCACAAGGUCAUCAACAAUAUAGAUAUCCUGAACAACACCUAGUUUAUGAACCACCUCAAUAUUACGAUAACAUAGGAUGGGGUGAAAAUGUACCAGACAGUUAUGAGCCUGUUGGUGAGCCAUAUGCAUAUGAUGAUUACGCUGAAGAACAGGAUAUGGGUGGUGAUGAUAAUAUAGAGAAACGUGAAGUGAAAUAA